UAGUGGAUCAUGGGGAGCAGGGGGAAACUUUUAAUACUACAUACAUGUUAGCGCUAUGACUUUUGACUAAGACUUAACUGGGGCCAGGCUCCGGGCGUGAGGGGCUUUUUUGAAGGGGGGAUCAAAAAGGAGAACUCGACUUUUCAGCCCGAGGAAAAAGUCACCAAGGAACGAGUUCCAUUGAAAGUAUCAGCGGUGGCAAGUCGAGUUCAGCCCUUUGGAUUGAAGAUGAGCUUAUUGUCUGCCAUAGACACGAGUGCCUCCGUGUACCAGCCUGCGCAACUCCUCAACUGGGUCUAUCUCUCUUUACAAGACCCCCACCACCAGACCAGCGCCUUUGACGCCUUCAGACCCGAAGCCAACUCUUCCCACCCGGAUCUCAACUUCAGCAAGAGUCCCGCCUCAGCCGACUUGAGCUCUUCCCUCAACUCUAACUAUCUCAACAACUUCUUUCAGCUGCAACGCAAUGAGGCCUUAAACAAUAAUGUGUAUAAGAAUGUAUCACCCUAUGGCUCCCUGAACAACAUCGUAGAUGGACUCAACUCACUGACGGACCACUUCUCAGACCUUUCCCUGUCAUCGGAGCCCAGAAAGCCCAACAAGAGGCCGCCACCUAAUUAUUUGUGCCACCUGUGCUUCAACAAGGGUCAUUACAUCAAAGACUGCCCUCAGGCCCGACCCAAAGGAGAAGGCUUGACCCCUUACCAGGGCAAGAAGAGAUGCUUUGGCGAGUACAAGUGUCCAAAGUGCAAAAGGAAGUGGAUGAGUGGCAACUCGUGGGCCAAUAUGGGACAAGAAUGUAUCAAGUGCCACAUCAAUGUCUAUCCACACAAGCAGCGUCCGUUGGAGAAGCCAGACGGCCUGGAUGUGUCUGACCAGAGCAAAGAGCACCCGCAACACCUGUGUGAGAAAUGUAAAGUCCUUGGUUACUACUGUCGGCGUGUGCAAUAAACGUCUCCUGUCGCUGUGGUCCUAGAACCAAGAAGGUUUUACGAGUCAUCCUCCGCUCCAUCGACCCUCAAAUCUAGUAACGUUUUAAGAGAUGACAUUCAGGAAACAACCGAGGAAUACAUUUGUGUCGAAUCAGCUUCUCGAGCAGGAAACCCCGUUCAAGCAUUUUCUCAUUAGGCUCAUGUUACAGUCAUACGUUACCUCAACUUGGGGUUUGUCACCUUUGUGUUUACAGAAAUCAGCCUUCAAUUUCCCUGCCAAGUGAAAUGUAUCCGUGUGUUGUAUAUACAUUUUAUGCAUCAUUGCCACAUUUAGGGUCAACAGCACAUUUUUAUUAACUGUGAAUUAACUGAGGGAUAAUGUGCCAUACAUCCCGAGCUUAUGCGUGGCCUAUUUAUUUUCUUAUUGUCUAGUGUGCAAUUCGACUUUGAACUGGGACAGAAAAACAACGUUUUCUAAUGUUUGUAUUCCGCAUUGUUGCCUAAAUGCUUCAACGUGUCUUUGGAAAAUACUGUAGACUUAUAAUCGCUUCAAUGUGUCAGACGAACCAUCCACGCAGAGUCUGGUAAAAAACUUUUGUUAUGUUUUUUUUUUUAGUGAUCUUCAUGCACAGGCUGAAUAUAUAUAUAUAUAUACUGUAUAUAUAUAUGCCAGUUUUCAUGCUUGCUGGAGGCAACGAAACGUCGUAAAUGGAAAAUACUGAAAGUUAUGUGCAACAGCUGAUUGUGGGGUGCAGAGGAGGGGAUGAGGGUUGUUGGGAAUGCGACCAUUUAAAGCAACACUUGCUAACUUUUCAGUUUUGGUCGAUUUUAAUAACACUGGUGGACAAAAGCGCUAGUGUUUUGCCUUAAGGAAGACUGCGUUUCCCAUGAGGACCAGUGCACACCCCGCACAAUGUUGUAAAAUCAGGGUCGCUUGCAGAUGGAUUAAACAACGUUUCUGUUUCCAGCUGCCACCCUCCUCAAAGUUAAUUAGUGCUGGUGAAAGGAGAUAUAGACACCCUCAAGAGAUAAAAGAGGUGUAUUUAACUAGUUGUCAGUCGACAUAUCAUCACAAAUGUUAUGAAAAUAUUAUAUAAAGGUGGAAAAGUUAUCUAGUGUUGCUUUAAAGGCUAGUGAAGUGCAAAAAAAAAGAAGGAAGAAUACAGGGAGAAGCAAUAGUCGUUGUGAUAAGGAGCAAAAUUAAGGCCACCCUGAACUGAAAUGUCUUACAAUUUUGAAAAAAAGUUGAGAAGUUGUUGCGGGUGAAAAAGUAGGACGAUAACACUAGGCAAAAAAAAUGGACAAACUUUCACUCUUGGUGAAAAUUACAUUUAAUUUUUAAAUUUUCUGCGCGCCAUUGAGCCACCGCCUGAGAAAUAUCAAUGAAAUCUAUUAACACUAUGUGCAGCGCAUAUGUAAUUUUUCUACAACAAUACUUAACUAUAUUUAUAAUCUCGUAUGUACCUGUGGACGGAUUAUCAAAGCAUGUGGCGAAAAAAAAUAUGUGAACGCACAUACGUGACAGCGAGUCCCGCCUUUAAUAUUCUUGUCAUUUUUUUUUCAUGUCCUCUUUGUUUAGCAACCUCCUUGACUGACACUCAACCUUUUUAUGACUUAAAAGAAAUAUUUGAAUACCACCACUACCAACAAUAAUAUUUAUUUUGCACUUUUGCUGUUAUUUUUCUUUGCAUGUAUUCAUUUGAUCACCUCAUCCUUUUUUAAAAAUAUAUUCAUUUUAUUGGCAAUAUCAUUUUUCAACCAGAAAAAAAUAGCUUUCAAAACCACAUGGAUUUGAUCUAGUUUAAAAUAAAUAAAUAAAUAAAAGCAGGGUUUCCCCUAGGAUUUUUUGAAGCAGUGUGGUGGGCUGCAUCACAGUCGGACAGCCUUACUAUAUCGUGCCCUGGCGAAAUUGCUUCAUAUGAGACAAAUGAGAAGUUUUUUUUCCCCCAAAAAGAACCAUAACAAACAUCAAUUUGAAACAUUUAAUUAGCCAAGCUAAUGUCGUAGCUCUCGGCUUCGGUACAUGCACGUAAAAUGCUUAGCUGAUUACAGCUACAAUACCCCGACGUAAUAAUACGACUUUUUUUCUCGUAGCAAUAGUACGACUUACAGUGCUGGCCAAAAGUAUUGGCACCCCUUCAAUUCUGUCAGAGAAUGCUCAAUUUCUCCCAGAAAAUGAUUGCAAUUACAAAUGCUUUGGAAGUAAUAUAUUCACUUAUUUUGCUUGCAAUGAAAAAACACAAAAGAGAAUGACAUUUUUUUUUUUAAUCAUUAUCAUUUUACACAAAACUCCAAAAGUGGGCUGGACAAAAGUAUUGGCACCCUUUGAAAAAUCAUGAGAUGCUUCUCUAGUUUGUGUAACUAACAGCACCUGUUACUUACCUGUAACUAAAUAAUAACUAAAUCCCAUUUACAGCCAGUUAAAAUGGAUUAAAGUUGACUUAACCUCUAUCCUGUGUCUUUGUGUGUACCACAUUGAGCAUGGGGAAAAGAAAGAAGACAUAAGAACUGUCUGAGGACUUGAGAAGCAAAAUUGUGAGGAAGCAUGGGCAAUCUCAAGGCUACAAGUCCAUCUCUAAAUACCUGAAUGUUCCUGUGUCUACCGUGUGCAGUGUGAUCCAUAAGGGUAAAGCCCAUGGCAUUGUGGCUAACCUCCCUAGAUGUCGACGGAAAAGAAAAAUUGACGAGAGAUUUCAACGAAAGAUUGUGCGGAUGGUGGAUAAAGAACCUCGACUAACAUCCAAACAAGUUCAAGCUGUCCCGCAGUCCGAGGGUACAACAGUGUCAACCCGUACUAUCCCUCGGCGUCUGAAUGAAAAGGGAUUGUAUGGUAGGAUACCCAGGAAGACCCCACUUCUGACCCAGAAACAUAAAAAAGCCAUGCUGGGGUUUGCCAAAACUUACCUGAGAAAGCCAAAAACGUUUUGGAAGAAUGUUCUCUUUUUGGGAAAAGGCAUCAACAUAGAGUUUACAGGGGGAAAAAAACUAGGCUUUCAUAGAAGAAAACAAUGUUCCCACAGUCAAACAUGGCAAAGGUUUCCUGAUGUUUUGGGGUUGCUUUGCUACCUCUGACACUGGACUGCUUGACCGUGUGCAUGGCCUUAUGAAGUCUGAAGACUACCACCACAUUUUGCAGCAUAAUGUAGGGCCCAGUCUGAUAAAGCUGGGUCUUCCUCAGAGGUCAUGGGUCUUAACAACAGGCAAAACACACUUAAAAAAGCAAUUGAAAAUGGUUUGAAAGAAAGCAAUUGAGACUUCUAAAGUGGCCAGCAAUGAGCCCAGACCUGAAUCCCAUAGAACACCUGUGUAGAGAUCUGAAAAUGGAAGUUUGGAGAAGGCACCCUUCAAAUCUCAGAGACCUGGAUCGGAUGGCCAAAGAAGUAUGGUCUAAAAUUCCAGCAGAGCUUUGUAAGAAACGUUGUUCGCAGUUAUUUUAUCUAAAGCAGGGGUAGCCAACUCCUGUCCUGGAGGGCCCCUAUCCAGCUUGUUUUCCAUGUCUUCCUCCUCCAACACACCUGACUCAAAUCAUCAGGAUCGUUAUCAGGCUUCUGAAGACCUUACGGAUGAGCUGAUCAUUUGAUUAAGGUGUUUUAAAGGAGGUAGA